GCCCGAGAGGAAAGGCGGCGCGAAGGAGGAGGCCGGGCCCGGCGGCGCGGGCGGUGGGGGCAGCCGAGUGGAGCUGCUGGUCUUCGGCUAUGCCUGCAAACUGUUUCGGGACGACGAGCGGGCCCUGGCCCAGGAGCAGGGACAGCACCUCAUCCCCUGGAUGGGGGACUCCAAGAUCCUUAUCGACAGGUCGGUUCCUCCCCCGCCCGCCGCCUCUCCCCUCCCUCGCCCGCUUGAUUUCGCCUGAUGUUGACUCGGUGGCCGAGACCGGACCGGGGUCGUGCGGAGCCGCGGGGCUCGUUCGGGGAGGGGACGGUGAAGCCCGCCCUGAGGCUCUGCGGGAGCGACUCGCCGGGUCGGGGAGCCGGGGCGCUUUGCUCCUGAAACCUCUUUGGGACCCGAAGUCAGCCUGAACCUUUCCUGGCCCGGCGCCCGAGCCCCUCGCGCGUUCCGACCUCCUGCAGACAGAGGGUCGGGGUGAAGUCAGUCGGCUGGAGGCGGACGCUGACCUCCUGACCUCCUAGGGUCGCGACCUUAGGGCUGGUUUCACUGUCUCCUAAAACCGAGGGGUGGAGCUGGGCUCCCGGUGUUCUGUCUCUUCUCAAAUCAUGCCUAUUUUAGGUGAUCCCCCUCCCCAGGGAACUCAGCGAUCGUGGGUCUGGGUCAAGGGUCGGAUUGGGAAUUCCUAAAGGUGCUUGAUUUGAAAAGGAUGACUUUACGUGAUGUAGGUUGUUUGCUCCCCCCCCCCCCGCUUUUUCAGUCCCCCCUUCUCCCUUCCCGCUGAGGUGUGGGAUUUUUUGCCAGUUGGGCAGCACUACUUUUGGGGCCUGGACUGAAAGGCUAACAGUGACCAGCCACUAAGCUGUGGAAUAGUCUCCAAGGGAAGGAAGUCCGUCGCUUGAGACAAUUAAAACUGGAUUCUGCAAAGCCCUGGAACAUGACUGUAGGGAUGACCUCUGUGCUGGCCAGAAUGGACUCAUUAGUGACCAAAUAGGCCUUUGCGGUCCCUCAUGUUUCCACCUGAAGGUGGAUCUAGGAAGCAAGAACUCCUGGCGGGAGGGAACCGAUCAGAUCAGCUCUGGACCCAGAGGCUUCUGCUCUGCUCAGUUGCUGAGCCUUGAACCUCCAUAGUUUAUUGCAAGUGAUGUUGCCUGGGUUACAGACUUGCUUUCCAAAGUGUGUCUUGUCAUGUGUAUCCUAAGCUCGGCUCUUGAUACAGUUUCCAUAUCAUUCUGUACAUGAUUUGAGUGAGGUCUCCCAAAACUGGUGGGGAGCAAACACUACACAUGUACUACACAUGUAAUAUUUUCAAGUAAUAAUCUACAUUUGUAAGUUAAGGAGGUUUACGUCAAAGUAAAACUAAUUUUUAAAUUUAAUAAAAUUCAGUUCUUGGGUUCCUUGGAAUUUAUGGCUUUUUUUCCCCUAUAAAGACCUUUUUUUCUGUUAAAUUGGUUCCUGUUUCAAAAGUCAGCCCUAAUAAAUUAAGCAGACUUUUGUCACUUUCAUGUGCUUUUGCAAGUCAAAGUCAGGGUUUUUUAAAAGAACUUACUAACUCAUUUGUUGUCUGAUAGUUAUAUGUUGUCAACAUCUUCUUUGAAUCUCAUGUUGAAACAUUGGAAAUGUGUUUAUUCUCAGUUUUGGUAUUUGCUGGUCCAUGCAAGAAAAAUGGAUUUGUCUUCACUUACUUUGUCUCCUGAGCUAUAAAGUUUAGGGGAAGGUACCGAUAACCACAGCUUCUAAUGGUUUUGCCCACCGUGAACCUCCUUAAACUGCAUGUACAUGUUACUGUUCCUAUGUAUGUGUGUCUCUCUACCACAUAACCCAGCACUUCUUUCCUCAGCCAAGUGGCUAGGGGCCCAGCCUAGCCAAGAUUUUACCUCCAAUGGACGCAAGUGUCUUUGAUGAAGAUCUCUCCUGAGCGUUCGGGACUAGCAGAAAGAAGCGAGGAAAUUUCGACCGUUUGGUUCUUACGGAUAGAUACGAUGGGCGCGGUCACCUGCAUGACCUCUCUGCGUACGAUGCCGAGUAUGCCACUUGGAACAGAGACUACCAGCUGUCGGAAGAGGAGGCGCGGGUAGAGGCGCUGUGUGAUGAAGAGAGAGGAAGAGUACAAGCGAUUGAGUGAAGCCCUGGCCGAGGAUGGGAACUACAGCGCUGUGGGCUUCACUUAUGGCAGCGACUACUACGACCCGUCAGAGCCGACGGAGGAGGAGGAGCCUUCGAAACAGAGAGAAAAAAAUGAGGCUGAAAAUUUGGAAGAAAACGAAGAGCCUUUCAUAGCUCCCUUAGGACUGAACGUGCCCCCGGAUGUGGAGCUGCCACCCACCGCCAAGAUGCAUGCCAUCAUCGAGCGCACUGCCAACUUCGUGUGCAAGCAGGGAGCACAGUUUGAAAUCAUGCUGAAAGCCAAGCAGGCCCGGAACUCCCAGUUUGACUUCCUACGCUUUGAUCACUACCUCAACCCCUACUACAAGUUCAUCCAGAAGGCUAUGAAGGAAGGGCGGUACACGGUGCUGCCCGAAAACAAGAACGAGGAGAAAAAAAAGCCAGGGACAAACUCUGACAAUGAGGAUGAAGAUGAGGAGGAAGAUGGGAGUUACCUGCACCCGUCCCUCUUUGCCUCCAAGAAGAGCAGCCGUCUUGAAGAGCUCAUGAAGCCCCUGAAGGUGGUGGACCCAGACCACCCCCUGGCAGCCCUGGUGCGAAAAGCGCAAGCUGACAGCUCUGCCCCCACCCCGCACGCUGCAGAUGGCGCCCCCACUCAGCCCUCCCAGGUGGAGUACACGGCCGACUCACCCGUGGCAGCAAUGUACUACAGCUACUACAUGCUGCCUGAUGGGACCUACUGCUUGGCGCCGCCACCCCCGGGGAUCAACGUGGCCACCUACUACAGCACGCUGCCUGCUGGGGGGACCGUGUCCAACUCCCCCGGGGUGACAACUACUGCACCGCCGCCUCCUGGGACCACACCACCGCCACCCCCAACCACUGCCGAGACAAGCAGCGGGACGACCUCCACCACUACCACCACCACAAGUGCACUUGCUCCCGUGGCUGCCAUCAUCCCCCCGCCCCCCGACAUUCAGCCUGUGAUUGACAAGCUGGCGGAGUACGUCGCUCGGAAUGGCCUUAAAUUUGAGACCAGCGUCCGUGCCAAGAACGAUCAGAGGUUCCAGUUCCUGCAGCCCUGGCACCAGUACAAUGCCUACUACGAGUUUAAGAAGCAGUUCUUCCUGCAGAAGGAAGGGGGCGACGGCGCACAGCCUGUGUCUGCACCAGAAGAGGCCCCUGCCGAAGCUGCUUCCGAGAAGCCCAGCGACACCGGGGAGGACAGUGUGCCUGAGGAUGCUGCCGAGGGGACGGGCAGAAGCGGCCCCAGUGGGAAGAAGGAGACAGCAUCCAGUAAGGGUGCGGUGGAUGGGAAGCUGGUGAAAGCUUCAUUCGCUCCAAUAAGCUUUGCAAUCAAGGCCAAAGAAAAUGAUCUGCUUCCCUUGGAAAAAAACCGAGUCAAGCUAGACGAUGACAGUGACGACGAUGAAGAAGGCAAAGAGGGCCAAGAAAGUUCCAGUAGUGCUGUCACCACUAGCCCGGCUGCAGCCCCGCCUUGCGCAGUUGUCGAGGAAAAGAAGCCUCAGCUUACCCAAGAGGAACUAGAAGCAAAGCAAGCAAAGCAGAAGCUGGAGGACCGCCUUGCGGCUGCUGCCCGGGAGAAACUUGCCCAGGCAUCCAAGGAAUCAAAGGAAAAGCAGCUUCAGGCAGAACGUAAGAGAAAAGCGGCUUUAUUUUUGCAAACCUUGAAAAAUCCUCUGCCUGAAGCAGAAGUUGGAAAAAUGGAGGAGAGCCCUUUCAGUGUAGAGGAAACCGGUGCUGCACCCUGUCCACUACUGACCGGAAGCAGACCCCUGCCUACUUCAGAAGUGAAGCCACAAGAAAGGCCUUCAAGCAAAAGCAGAGACCCACCGCGGGAAGAAGAAAAAGAGAAGAAGAAGAAAAAGCACAAAAAACGGUCUCGGACUAGGUCCCGCUCUCCCAAGUACCAUUCGUCGUCGAAGUCCAGGUCCAGGUCCCACACUAAAGCAAAGCACUCGCUUCCCAGCGCCUACCGGACGGUGCGGCGGUCGAGGCGCACGGCCUCCCCAGGGACCCUGAGCACGGAGCCUUGUCAGAGCCGCGCGGCGGUGGCAGCAGCAGCCCAGCGAGAGAGUUGUCAGGCAGCCUCGGCCUCGGACAGAUUUGACUCCCGGAGCUCUGUUGAGGGGAAGCCUGGUAAACUGUCAAGAUCCCGCUCCCGGUCCCCUCGGCGGAGAGCCCACUCCCCUGAGAGACGGCGGGAAGAAAGAAGCAUGCCCACUGCCUACCGGAUGAGCAGUAGCCCCGGGGCCAGCAGAAAACGAGCCCGAUCCAGAAGCCCCCACGAGAAGAAGAAGAAGAGGCGGUCACAGUCUCGGACCAAGGCUAAGGCCCGGUCUCAGUCGGCAUCCCCGAGCAAACAGGCGGCACACCGGCCGGCUGCACCCUCGGCCCACUCAGCCAGCAUCUCUCCUGUGGAGAGCCGGGGCUCCAGCCAGGAGCGCUCCAGGGGAGUUUCUCAGGAAAAAGAAGGUCAGAUCUCCUCGGCCAUCGUUUCCUCUGUGCAGAGCAAAAUAACUCAGGACCUUAUGGCCAAAGUCAGAGCGAUGCUUGCAGCUUCCAAAAACCUGCAGACCAGCGCCUCCUGAGACCCGGCCGGGGCCUGAGGCCGUGCACAACAGACACCCUGGGCAGGGGUGGCUUUUGUAAAUUAAUUUUCGAUGAUAUUUUCAGUUUCAGAUUUUUGACCAGCAGUCUCUUACCUGUAUAUUUGUAAAUAAUAUCAUGUUUCUGUGAAAAUGUAUUAUCGAAUAAAACGGGAGGAAGCCUUUUCUA